UGCAGGAAACUUGUAACGUUCUUCUGGCAUAUUGACAGUCAGGAAAGAGCUUACAUUUACAUGUUUAUGUUGCACGAAGAAAAAGGACUUUUUUAAAAGGAGAAGGCAAAUGUGCAGAGAGCGGCCAAGUUAAUCAAGUUCAGAUUCAAAAUAGAUUUGGGGAAGACAUGGCUCCCAUCGCUUCUGAUUUAACAAAAGAGCAAAGAAAGCAGCUCUGUGACCUGCUGGGGAACGUUGAACUGACUCUUCUCUACAAAGCUUCUGUUCAUGGAUAUAAUGCUUCUGCCUUCCAUCAGCGAUGUGACCAUCAGGGUCCCACAUUACUUGUAGCCUAUAACAGAUCAGGCUACAUCUUUGGUGGAUACACUAGUGUAGAUUAUACUCAAAGUGGACAGCAAAUUACAGAUGAGGAAGCUUUCCUGUUCAGCAUUCGAGGUGGAACCCCUGUUCGCAUUAAAGUUAACAGUUAUAAUGCACGUCUUGAUGACGCUGAAGGACCCAACUUUGGCCAACAGUUGUACUUUUGCCACAAAAAUCAACCAGUUGUAUAUGAGAAAGUGAAUCAGAGUUGGUAUCAACCAUUCAAUACUUUAAAGUUAUGUGGGAAUGACACUGAACUGACUGAAUGUGAGGUGUACAAAGUCAACCAGACCCUUCAGGUCAGUUUCAAAGAGAAGCCAUGGAGGAAUAUUCUUUGGACACCUGAACGAAGAGAAGAACUCAUGGUUUUGAUCAGGAAUCAUAAACCCCUGAUGACGUCUGUGAGUCGGGUCAGAAUCCUAAUGAUAGGUCCUGUAGGUGCUGGAAAAUCCAGUUUCUUCAACUCCAUCAACUCCGUCUUCAUGGGCCACGUGACCAGCAAAGCCAUGUCAGGAUCUGCAGGCACUAGUCUGACCACACAGUUUCGCACAUACCCAGUGAAAGACGGUCGUGAGAGAAAGCCAUUGCCAUUUGUGUUGUGUGACACCAUGGGACUCGAGGAGCAAUCAGGUGCAGGACUGGAUAUUGAUGACAUCAGCAGCAUUCUUCAAGGUCUCAUACCAGACCGCUAUAAAUUCAACCCCAAAUCACCAUUUCAACCGGAUGAGCAAAAGGCCUCCAGACCUGCAUCUCUACAGGAGAAGAUCCACUGUGUGGUGUAUGUGAUCGACGGCACCAAAAUCUCCAUAAUGUCUGACCAACUAGAGGAAAAACUCAGUUCUGUACGUAGUCUAUUGAACUCAGUGGCGAUUCCUCAGAUGGUCUUGAUGACGAAAGUAGAUGAAACAUGUCCUCAUGUGCAGAAUGACCUUGAAAAUAUUUAUGCCAGUUCCUACAUCAAGAUGAAGGUGCAGGAGGUGAGCUCUCGGUUGGGUGUGCCGGUGUCUUGUGUGUUACCGGUGAAGAACUACAGUCAGGAGCUGGAGCUGGAGCUGAAAUGUGACAUCCUGCUUCUCAAUGCUAUACAGCAGAUGCUUCGCUUUGCAGACGACUAUUUUGAUGAUAUUGAUACCAUUUAGGCCAUAUAAAGUGCAUAUAUAGGGGUUUAUACCUCUUGAUCAGCACAAGGAUUCAUCUUAAAUCAGAUGAUUCAAGAUUUCUGUUUGUCCAUUUUAGAUCCUUCAUAAUCAUACAUAAUAUCCAUUUAAGAAAAUGGUGGGAAAUGCAAAGUUCAUAUAUCACUUAAGCUGCACAUUUCAUGAUGAUUUUGUUAUUGUAUAUAUUUGACAUUGUUGCUUUUGUAGACAGGUUUAUAGAAUAAUAAUAGAAUGAUAUGUUAGGACUAAUUCAAGAUGCUAAAAUCUAUAUACGGUAAACAUUAUUUUAAAAAGUGCUUCUAUUGAUAAACUUAAGCUCGUUUUUUUUAUUUUGUGCUUUAAGCUUGAAAGUUUCUUUCAGGACUGUUCAAGAUUAAAAUAAACAACAAUUAAUUCUA